AUGACCAAAUUCUUCCAUACGCCUAAAACACUUGGAAGGCUACCGACAGCGUGCCUGCUUCUGUACUUGACAUGUCUCCGGAGUCAGCAUCACGGAGCCCCGAGCCACCCGAGUCCCUGCCUUGAGGAUCAGCUUCUCGCCGAUCUUGGUCUUCCCCACCCCGAUCUGGGGGACUCGCCGGAGCUCCAGCCCGUACACCUUCUUCCCGCUGCGGUCCUGGAGAACGAGCCGGUGCGUGGCGUUAGAAGGCGUCGCCCGCUGCUGCGGCUCUCCGCUGCCGUCCUGGUCGGCCGUGACUCUGAUGAUCUCCCUGCCGCGCGUGCGUUCCCCCUUCUCAACCGACUCGAGCUCCUCGAUCUGCUCCCAGCGGCUGAGACUCAGAUUCUCAACAUCGAGGACCUGGACAUGGGUGUCGCGCUGGAGUGA